UAUUGUGGUAACAUUAUUUAUGAAAUGUCUAACUGACAUUUGCUGUCAUCAGGCAGCUGAUCGAAAUUUUCAGCACUUUUAUGUAAUUUCUCGGGCGUAACAUCUCUUUUGAGAUGCUUCGGACAGUUGCGAUAGGUUCAGGCCUGGUGGCGUUAGUGCCAGUAGUGCGGGCUGCUAAGCCGGUAGAUCCAGAUCCAUCGAAGCCUCCACCGCUCAUGAAGGCCUGCGACCUGCCCAUAUAUGACAGCCCACAUGCGGACUAUGGAGAGUACAAAGAAUCAAUGGAGACCAAGCAACAGAUCAGCUACAUUCGCAACGUAAUCCUGGAACCGGUGAGAGUGGUACGUCAGUCUGUGCAGAAUGUCUGGGAGCAGACCGAGUCUAUCCAGCAGACGGUCAGGGACAACUAUAAUGAGCUCCAGGAUAGGACUGACUGGAUUGUGAAAUAUCUGCGAGAGGAAGAAAAUAAGGAUAUCCGGUAUGGCGCAGUCGCAAUGGGUGGCCUUACAGGUUUCAUAUUUGGUCUCAGAGGCGGUAUCAUCAGGCGGCUGUUCUACGCAGGCGUGGGCACGACAAUCAUGGGCGCUGUCUGCUUCCCCGAGGAGACCAAGGAACUGGCCAAGGAGAACGGAGUGUUGGCCAAGCAGUACGCCAACAUCGCGUAUAACUUCCUCUAUGGAGUAAAGCCGGGCGAUCCGCAACUUGAGCUGAAAUUCCCUGAGCUCUCUGUACCUAAGAACUUCUCAGAGUUUGUCGACCUUUCGGUGUCGGUAGCGUCAUCUGUGAAGCAGAUGGUCAUGCCUCCGCCUGGCAAGGAGGCGCAGGAGUCUACAGAAAAGAAAGAUUAGAUUUUGCACAUAAGAAAGACAUGGAGCCAUUAACUAACCCAACAAGCAAGGAAGAUGAUGAAAUAGAUAAUUUAGUACCUAGUAAGUUCUAGUAAGCCGACAGCUAGGGAUGCGCUGGUUGUAUCUUGUGGCUAAAGUAUUGUCUUUUUCUUUCCUUCAGAUCCAUGGACUUGGAGUUAAAGAAAUUAUGUAUUUGUUAGUCAUUUUUUAUUUAUUUAAUGAAUUCAGUGUAAAUGUAUAGCGGUUAUUAAAUAAAACUGUAUAUUUUUUCUA